UUAGGUUUAUGAGGUUUCUACCUUUUAUAUCUCUCCACACAAAACCAGAGCAAUUUUCUCUCCGCAGCGCAGAGGCAUAAUUUAUUUAUUUGAUUUCGCCGAUCCAGGUAAUAUAUACAAUAUGGUCCUUGAAUGUUAUAAUUGGCUCCUUCACCUUUUUAAUCAAAUAAUAAUUGGUGACAAUUUUGAUGAUAAGAAGAAGUGGCGGCUAAGUUUGACUUUGCCGUCGUGGUCAACGCAUCAAAUCAGAGAUAGACCACGGAUUCUUCGCUAUUUUUGUUAUUACGGUACUUUGCAGAUUUCUAUUAUUGAUGGCAAAUCUGGAAAGGAGUGUAAGAUGAUGGGCCUCAAGUCAAUAUGGAAUGCUUAUUUCGCCGGUUGUUGCAAUGGAUUAGCUUUGUUUCAGACGUCCGGUCCUUCAUGUAUUGUUGUCAAUCCUUUGUCAAAGAAAAGUAUCCAAACAAUAUAUGGUCCUUUUUGGGGAGGUCAAUCAUGUGGUUUCUUUUUUCAUCCUGUGGCAAAAGAAUAUAGGAUUCUCAAUGUGGAGAGAGUAGAAAUCGAUGAAUACGAGUAUCAAAUUUACUUAUUUGGUGCAAAAAAAUGGAGGAAAAUUGCCAAUCCAUACUUUUCUCGCAGACCUACACACUACCGAAACAAACCCGAUAAAGAGAUCAUUGAUGGAAAUCCAGCAAUUGUGAAUGAUGCUUUGCAUUGGUGCAUGAAUGAAAUAAUCAUGGUUUUUGACAUUAUUAAGGAAGAGUUCUCGGUUAGACCUGCUCCUUUACAGGACAAAAGCUACUACCGGAUGCGGAAUCUUUAUGUGAAAGACGAUCAAUUAUGUUUUUGUCGUCUGAGACAUGGAGAACCGUUGAUGGAUAUAUGGAUUUUGGAGGACUAUGAAAAUUGGAGUUGGGUUAGAAAGUACGUCGUUAAUCUCGAUUGGGACAUGAACAAGUAUCCUGUGGAAACAAGUUGUGGUUCAAACUUAUGGAUAAUGGGUAAUAUAAGAGUUAUCAGCAUUAGAAACAAUGAGUUGGUGUUGUUUUGGAAACGCAGAGGAAUAUUUUCCUAUCAUUUGGAAUUUAACACCAUUGAGAAACUUCAUUUAAGGAAGUCUAAGAUGGAUGAUAUUAUUGAUACUUAUUAUGAUUGGACAUGUGGCUUCGAGGCUUAUAACGAAACCACGAGUGGCUAAGUGGACAACCGGUGAAUCGAUUGUUUUGAUACAUAAAAUUAUUGUUUAUGUGUUGGAUUGUUGUUUUAUUGCAUUGUUAAUAGAUUGUUUGAUUCAUAAAUGUUUUAUUUUGUAAGCUUCAGUGACACAGUGGCCUUGUUCUAUUUUUAUUUCUCUCUAUUAUUGAAUCCUUUUGAGGUAUAAUCUAAUCGCAGAGAUAAGGUUCAAAUCA